UUAUUUUUGGGGUUCAAACCCCGAAAUUCCCUUUUCCAGCCCCAGUUUUGCUCCGACCUUUCGGAGCCGGAACGUCGGGAAUUGAAACUUUUCGCCCAACGCCGAAAACGGGAGAAUUUGGGCCAAGGGAGCGUCCGGCCCCUCCCCCUCACCAGCCCCGGGGCCGUCUGUCAGCAGUGCGGGGGCCCGGUGCGGGGGGGGGCCCUGGCGGUGUUUGCGGGGCGGGCGGGGCUGGGGCUGUGCUGGCACCCCCCCUGCUUCCGCUGCCACCGCUGCCAACGGCCCCUCGUGGAUCUGCUCUACUUCUGCCCCGGGGGCAAAGGGGGGCGGCUGCUCUGCGGGAGAGACCACGGGGAGACCCUCCGGGAUCGGUGCCCGGGCUGUGACGAG